AUGCAUAUGCUCUUAUUUAUCGGGGCCCUGGCUCUACCUGUUUUUGUCUGCACUCAAUCUUGUGAGCCCGCUUCUCUAUCGCCUCGCCUCGCUGGUGUUGAUCUGGAAAAGUUUCGGUUGACUCCCAACGCAGAAUACGUCGAUUCCGACCAGCAGAUCCCCAUCUCGACUACGAAUGUUGGCCUGAUUGAGCAAAGCUACGUUGAGACGGCCAUUAAACUGGUCAGAGAAACAUUCCCUAACGCAACCUUUCGACUCCGAGAGGAUCACUACGUUGGGGAUAAUGGUGUGGCACACGUUCACUUUCGUCAGACAGUGCACAACCUAGAUGUCGAUAACGGGGAUUUCAAUGUCAACGUCGGUCGCGACGGCAGCGUCUUCUCCUAUGGAAACUCCUUCUACACCGGCCCUGUUCCCAGCAUCACCCAGUUGACAAAGCGUGACUUCACCGACCCUGUGGCGGCAUUGAAAUUCGCAUUGACACAUCUUCAACUUCCUAUCACAGCGGAGGAUGUGUCUGUGGAAUCAACGAAGCAUCCUCAUAAGUAUGUUCUCAGAGGCACGUCCGGGGCUGUCACGAACCCGAAGGCACGUCUUGUCUACUUCGUGAAGCCUGACGGGACACUAUGCUUGGUGUGGAGAGUAGAAACCGAUGUAGAUGAUAACUGGCUCUUGACCUAUGUGGAUGCGAAAACCGCCGAGGAAAUUCAUGGCGUCGUCGACUAUGUUUCCGAGGCCACCUUCCAAGUCUAUGGCUGGGGAAUCAAUGACCCUGGUCAAGUGGACAGCCGUGCCGUUCUUACUGACCCGUGGGAUCUGAAGGAGUCUCCACUGACAUGGUUCAGGGAUGGACAAAAGAACUGGACUACAACACGGGGGAACAAUGGCAUUGCCCAGGAAAAUAUCAAUAACCUACCAACCUACCUUAAUAAUUUCCGACCUGACAGCCCUACUCAGAAUUUCUCUUAUGAGUAUCCGGCCGGUGGAUCUCCAAAGGACUACAUUAAUGCUUCCAUUACACAACUAUUCUACACAGCCAACGCAUACCAUGAUCUCCUGUACACACUGGGCUUUAAUGAAAAGGCAGGCAACUUCCAAUGGAACAACAGCGGGCUGGGAGGCAAGGAGAAGGACUAUGUGAUUCUAAACGCGCAGGAUGGAGCGAGUAGGAAUAACGCCGAUUUCGCUACUCCCCCAGACGGAUCCCCCGCCCGCAUGCGCAUGUAUCUCUUCACGCAUACCACGCCACCUCGGGAUGGAGUAUUUGAGUCUGGGAUUGUCAUUCAUGAAUAUACCCAUGGCUUAUCAAUGCGACUUACCGGUGGCCCCGACAACUCCCGGUGCUUGAGUGCUUUCGAGUCGGCUAGCAUGGGAGAAGGCUGGGGUGACUUCAUGGCGACUGCGAUCCGUCUCAAGCCCAGUGACACACGUGCAACGGAUUACGGAAUGGGAAUGUGGGUUUAUAAUAAUGAGAAGGGUAUUCGACAGUAUCUAUAUUCAACUUCGAUGGAAACUAACCCACUGAACUACACAUCCCUGAACAGAAUGUGGGAGGCCCAUGCAGGUGGGACCGUCUGGGCUUCGAUGCUGUACGAAGUGCUAUGGAACUUGAUUGACAGGCACGGCAAGAACGACGGCCCACGGCCCACGUUUGAUGAAAGGGGCGUGCCCAAGGAUGGUAAAUACUUGGCAAUGAAGAUAGUAAUUGAUGCUAUGGCUUUACAACCCUGCAAUCCUGACUUUGUUCAGGCCCGCAAUGCCAUCCUGGACGCGGAUCAGGCUCUUACAGGAGGCCAGAAUAAAUGUGAGAUCUGGACUGGGUUUGCCAAGCGUGGUUUGGGACAGGGGGCUGAAUAUGGACGUGGUAGGCGCGUGGGCAGCUACGAUAUUCCCGGUGAUGUGUGCCAGAAGAAGAUCUAA